AUGGCUAUCCACACCGUGCUUCAGAUGCUCCUGCUGCUUUCUUGCAUCACCACCACCACCACUACCACCACGGCUACGGCUCCAUUAGCAGCGCCAGCAUCCGAUUCUGGAGCUCCAAUACACCAAAAGAGCAUCAGGAAAUUCCCAUCUGCCAAUUGUCCAAACAAAUGCGGCGAUAAGGAUAUCAUGUUUCCCUUUGGCAUAGGCCCCGGCUGCUCUCGGCAGACCAGCUUUGAUCUCAUCUGCGACAACACCACGUACCCUCCGAGGCUCUAUCUCAGGGACCGCGCCAUGGACGUGAUUUUCAUGGGCGACACCCGCGCUCCACUGGUUUCCAUUGGCGGUGUAUUAAUCGACUUCUCAAUUGCCAUCUCAACGAGUCAGGGUGCUGAAGUGUACAAUUUCGUUUUCGCUCUCUCUAACCUGUGGAUCACCGUGUGCAAUUUCUACAUCUACUUGAUUGGAAACUCAAACAUAAGUCCGGAAAUCCCGUUUUGCACUUCCUGUGACCCGGACGAGUUAGACCCCGAUAUGGUUUACGGGAAGAAAUGCAACCACAGACCACCCUUCGAAGCCCAUAUGGUUGCCAAUCCCGUGCAGCUCAAGUUUGUCCCUGUCAAGGAGGCCCACCAGCAGGUGCAGCGCCAAAUUGCGAGUGUGGUAGCUACGCUAUAUUGGAAUAUAAAUGACCAACAUACAUGUGCCGCCGCUUCGGCAGAUGAGACCAUUUUUGCCUGCGUGAGCAGCCACAGCUCGUGCGUAGACACCCCGUACAUGCCUGGUUAUUCAUGCUGUUGUGAUGUUGGGUACACGGGCAACCCGUAUGUACUCGGUGGCUGCUCGAGUGAUCACGGAUACAAUCCGUCAGCUCGAAGAAAUGUGACAUGCACUCGGUCUUGUGGUAAAAUCAAGGUUCCCUUUCCGUUUGGACUAGAAGAUGGCUGUUCCGCAAGGACCGGAUUUCAACUCUACUGCAACACAUCAGCUUUCAUGCUGCUAGAUUCAAUGACAGGAUAUAUCACAAACAUUAAUAUUACUGAGGGGUACAUGGACAUCGAAGGUACCUCUCAUGAUCAGUCAAACUAUGGACCAUUGUACAUUGCUGACAGAGACUCAAGGAGACUGCGAUGGGUAGUCGCAAAUCUAACUUGCCAAGAGGCACAUCAACAUAUCUCCACAUAUGCAUGUGUUAGCCCUAAUAGCGAAUGUUUAUAUGUCAACUCGACAACAAUGGGUUAUAGCUGUAAAUGCAAUGAUGGCUAUGCAGGAAAUCCCUAUGUUACUGGACCCGAUGGUUGUAAAUGCAAUGAUGACACUAUAAAAAUGAAGUGUGCUCCAUCGAGAAAGCAGACUAUUCUAUCAGGUAUUGCUAUUGGGCUUGGUAUUGGCUUGGGCCUUCUACUUCUUGGCUUAAGUGCAAUGUUUAUCCUCCGUAGAUGCAGAAGAGGCGUCCAAAAGAGACUGAGAAUGAAGUAUUUUACAAAGAACCACGGCCUCCUUCUAGAACAGCUAAUAUCAUCGAGUGAAGAUGCAAGUGAAAAGACAAAGAUUUUCUCUCUGGAAGAGUUAGAGCGGGCAACAAAUAACUUCGAUCACACACGGAUCCUUGGCCGAGGAGGCCAUGGCAUGGUGUACAAAGGCAUCUUAUCUGACCAGCGUGUAGUGGCUAUUAAGAAAUCUAAUGUCAUUGAGCAAGGUGAGAUUGACCAAUUCAUCAAUGAGGUCGCCAUCCUUUCACAGAUCAACCACAGAAACAUCGUAAAGCUUCAUGGCUGUUGCCUUGAAAGUGAGGUCCCACUACUAGUGUAUGAUUUUGUUCCUAAUGGUUCUUUGUUUGAAAUCCUUUAUUCUGAUCCAAGCAACAAUUUUUCUUUGUCCUGGGAUGUCUGCCUAAGAAUUGCUGCACAAGCUUCAGGAGCUCUCUAUUAUCUCCAUUCUGCAGCUUCCAUAUCAGUCUUCCAUCGUGAUGUCAAGUCUUCAAAUAUACUCCUGGAUGCAAACUACACUGCAAAAGUUUCUGACUUUGGUGCAUCAAGAUUGGUGCAUAUAGAUCAAACUCAUAUUACCACACACGUACAAGGCACAUUCGGGUACUUGGAUCCGGAGUAUUUUCGCACUGGGCAGCUAAAUGAGAAGAGCGACGUGUACAGCUUUGUGUCCAGCUUUUGGAGUUGCUUCUUAGAAGGAAGCCUGUUUUUACCAAUGAGUCAGGAUCAUCUCAGAGUUUAUCUAGUUACUUUCUUGGGGAGAUGCAGGCAAGACCAAUAA